GAUGUAUACGCCGAAAACGCGUCAGCUGGCAAUUCGUCUUAUGCCCAGCUCUCGCAUAAUGACCUCCAUAACAACCCGCAGCAUACACUUUUCUCCUCCGCACCACUGAUACAGCCCAACCAUCCGCUGCCACUUGACUCCUCAGCCGCCGUCAACGUUGAUUCUUUCGCAGAGCAGGCGCUCCAGCUCGAACUCCUCCGAGAGACGCGUCGAAUCAGAGAGCUUGAGCUUCGAAUCGCUGAGGCCUCUCGCCGCGAGAGCGAAGAGCGGAGGAAAGAGCGCGAGGCCGAGCUCGCGCUCGCACAGCUCAGUAAUACUGCUACAUCCGCGCCAGCUAGGCACACUAACUCAGCUGCGAUCUGGUUCAACCCGCUUGUAGACGAUGUAUUGAAUGGCUUUUAUCCUGGAGGUGUCCUUCCCGCUUACUCGAACACUUCGAGUCCCAGCGCAGGUUCGUCACAACCAGCCUUUCGAGAGCUUGCUACCGCAGAUGAAGAGCAGAGCGAGGGCUCAUCGCCACAGCCUCAGAGAUCGGCAAGUGCUGAGGGUAGCGUGCGCAAACGACUGGGCAAAGUGAUACAGGAAAAGGACGUGAUAUGUACCCAAUGUGGCAUGCACAUGGCCAAGAUGAUACUUCGUGGGUCCAAAGAGGAGCUCGCAGCCGCUCACGAUAUGGUUUAUCGCUGCCUCGGAUGUCAGCCAGGGAUCGUUAGCGGGGUGUCGCGCAAGCGAACAAACGAAAUGGAGGACACUAACGCGCCUGCGGCAUGUGACGUGUGCAUGCGCAUCAAGGGCCAUGGUGGGUUUGUUGCACGGGAACGCACUACUAUCUCAUUCACCGCAGAGAUGAUAUGCCUCUCGUGCUCAGUGAAGUAUAGACGGCGAGUGUGUACGAAUUGCGGUGGAACCUCCGCCCGCGGAGUAAUUGGUAAAUGGCGCUGCAAAGAGCUAUUUAGCGGCGGGCGUAAAACAUGCAGUCUCUCACAUGCAAGGCUGGGGACACGCGACAUGGAGAUGGCAACAUGGGAGGCCCCCACCGAUCUCCAAGAUGCAAAAGAACUACCUUCGCUGUUAGAGUGCUGUGAGCAAAUGUGGCGUGAACAUGUUCUCUCGCGCCUAGCAGUACCCGAGGUUCUAGAACAUCAGAACGAAUUGAAAACUUUUGCCGAGAUCGAAGUUGCCAUUCUCUAUCAGCGCUUUCCUGGUCGUGAGCUUUUUACGAAACCGCCAAAGUCUCCGAACCAUCGCCGUUUCGUCUCGUUUGCCUGGGCUAAAAUACGUACGCGGCGAGACAAGUCUACGCCUGAGUGGGCCCAGACCAGCCAGGACACAAAGCGUGCGGACCAGUGGUUAGCGUAUAACAUGCGGCGCUCGACGGUAUUGUUUCCGAGCAAUUCCAUGCUCUGCGGUGCUUGGCUGGUCGAAUGGGUAAUACCAGAUCGGACGUUCGUCGUCGACAGUCUCUCGCCGUUCGGCAGUGUCGGCGUUGAUGAGCGCGGUGGGUUACACUGUAGGGAGAUCCUACGGUGUGCACUUGCAAUGCUCGUGGAACACAACACAAAGUAUCCAGAUGAUCUGUGGCCAGCGCCUGAGCAUCUCUGGGUCGUGAUGAAGAACAGCGAAUUGACCGCACGAAUGCGUGUCGCCGAGGGUCUACAGCGCCACUCAUUCUUGCCACUGGACGAGUACCUCGCGCGACACACGACAGCGCGGAAAGAUAUGUUUCGCAGAGACGUGUGCGCGCUUGCCGAGUCGCUUGCCGAGCGCCGCAGCAGAGCCGAUGACGAGAUAGACGUACUGGCAUUGCACAUGGGCAAUGCGAUGACGCUGGAAGCGCUCGAGCGCAGGACGCUUGGUCAGCUCAGGUCCUCAAUGCGAAAAGCGGGACGGUGAGGUAACGUGCUUGGUUCAAGUUUCUUGUCGUCUGCCCGAUCUUUUUUUCUUGGUUACAUUCUGAGGAUUGCCGCUAUCUGUUGCAUCCGGAUUCGUUACGACCCAUCGCAUACUGUAAAUAUACACGAGAAUACGCCAACCCCCUGGCCAAUGCAUAGGCACCGACAAUUCUGCGUCAGACCC